AUGACAAGAAGUGAGAGAAAAAAAAAAGUUGAAUGUAAACGUAUGAGAGUCAACAAGCAACGGCCUACUAAUGGUACAGGCAAAAUUUCCAAAAAGACCGAAAUCUUCAUUGGUAAACCGACCCCAACUUACCACAUGCCUUCGAGUUUAAAGAAAUUUCUUGACAAGUAUGCCACAAAUAAUUUACUAAAUAAAAAUUCCGUGACGAACGUCAGAAAAAAGAAGGAGCUUGAAAGAAAGACUAUAGUUAACGGUUUUACUGCUUUUCGAAUAUAUUAUUCUAAAUUUGGAAAAACAUACAAAGAUCAAGAAAAUCUUUCUAAGGAAUUAGCAACCUUUUGGAAAAGUGAUAAAUCAAUACAACAUACUUGGCAUGGCUACUCCGAAGAAUACAAAGCGUCAGAUACCAAAUUAUCUUUUGUAAAAUGGUUUGACACUUAUAAAUCUGCCAUCAAAGUUCAAACGCCUCCAGAAGAAUCUCUUACGCAAUGCACAAAAAUAUCACAUCUUAUCGUUGAAGACGUAUAUAAUCUAUAG